AUGUCGGAAGCAAUUCUUAUAAAUUUCAGUGACUUUGUUGCUUCGGCUGUAAAUCCAUCAGAUGACAAAAUCAACACGUCUUUGUUGCAUGAUCUACUUCAGAUAAUUGUAAAUCAAUUGCGACUAUCGUCAAGUUUGAUUGAAAUCCACAACUUGGGAAGUGCAGCGAUUGAAAAUCAAAUUACAGAUUACAAGCAGUGUCAUGGAUUUGAGAUAAAUGAAUUUGAUACUGAGAAGGAAGUUGAUGAUGCCAGUGGGAACGUUGUGAUCUGUAGAAAGGAAAUUGAACGAACAGUAAGUGACGAAACCACCAAGAUUUUCAUGAUUCAACAUUCGGAGAGUUAUUUGAACUCUGGAAAUUCAAUGUCCAAUAGAAAUUCGCAAGAGUUUGCAGCGGAAAACCAAAGAAUUAUCGUCAAUGAAGAAGAGCGCUUUGAAGCCAUCAACUUGGAGAUUACUCGUUUAAAUGAAUCGAUUGAAAAAAUUCAAGUGAAGGAAGAAGAAAAUUUAAAAAAUGUGCGCAAUGAAUUCGAUUCGGUGAUAAUAUCCUUGAAUGACAAAGUGAACAACUUAUUAAAUGAGAUGAAUAAAUUCAACUGUAAAUGUAUUGAAGAAGGUUACGAAGAGUCACUUUUCGAAACUUUUCUUGGGAAAUUGGCAACAAAACUUGAUGAGAUGACUUCGACCUUUCAAACUGAAACUGAAGCAUUGAGAAAUCGCUUUGAAGAAUCGAGUGGAGAAAUACGAAACGAUUUGACUCUUUUGGACAAUUCAGUUAUUGAGCAAAUUGAAGUUUUAAAGACUGAAUUGGAUAACGCAAAACUUCAAAGUCAAGAAAUAAUGGAAAAAAAGGAAGACAAGUCAUUGAUUGCCGAAAUGAAGAAACAAUUACAACAGACCAUAAAUGAACUUGACAACAAGAUUGAAAAUGUUGAUUGCAAAAAGCCGAUGGCAGCCGGUGUAGCAAAAAGAUGUUUCAAGAAUUUCCAAUGCUUAUCAUGUGGCACAAAUGUCAUUCAAAUUGAACCGAAAAGUCCCGUUUAUACAACAUUAAGGCCAAGUAACGACGAUGGCAGUAGCACGACAUCACCAAAGAGAUCCGCUGGUGGAAAUCAUACGAUUUUGUUGCCUCGGGAACGAAUAUUCCGAAUAGAAGACCGUCAAGCAUGA